AUGGCAACCUCGGUCAUCGUUACCCCUGAGCGGAAGGACGGGGAGGUGGAAGUCGUCGGAAGGCAGCUGGGGAGACUGGAGCUUGCUCCCGCCGGCGAGAGCAUUAUCCGCAAAUUUGGAAUGCUGGAGUCGUACCAAACAGCUCUUCAGACUUUGGAUUACAUGCGCUCCAUUAUACUUGCAUGUCGUUACAAGUUGCCCACAGGCCUUGUCUCCCAAACGACGCCACACGAACUGUUCUCCAUCUUUAAGAAGGCCGCAGCUCGCGUUGUGCUGAAACAUCCGCACUUGCACGUUGGCCUGGUGGCUGAGGACACGGCCAGGCCCAGUUGGGUGCGUCUGAAUACCAUCAAUCUCCUGGACCAUAUCGAGUGGCGUACCGUAGGAAAGGGCGAGGACGACUUAGGGAAGGCAUUCGUCGAAACGUCGUAUGAGCAGCUCGAUACCAAGUUCGGAAAUUAUCAGACCACGCCAGGAUGGAAAAUCAAAGUCCUCCGCCAGGAAGGUUCCGAUUUCAUCGACGUCCUCCUUGUUUUUAACCAUACCAUCAUCGACGGCCGCAGCGCCAGGAUCUUUCACGAAGACUUGCUCCAAGUUCUUCAGGAUGAUACUCAGACUCUGGAGAAGGGUUUGCUGACAGAUCACAUCCUGGAGCUCCCUGAGGACUCAACAGCCAGGCUCAACCCUCCAGCCGAGCAUCUCGUGCACUUUCCCGUAGACGCAACCGCUCUGUUCUACUACCUCUCGCAGGAAGUCCAAACGCCAGCAGACAAAUAUCCCAGUCGACCGACGCAAGCACACUGGGCUCCUAUCAUGCCAACCCCGUUCAAGACCCAAUUUCGCACCAUCACCGUCCCGCGCCACGUGCUCGCCGAGCUGACCGAGGCCUGCCGUCAGCAUAAGACCACACUCACCGGUCUCCUGCACGCACUGAUCUGGGUAACACUGACGCCGCUCCUGGAGCCAUCUAAGGCAUCCGCAUUCGAGUUCCUGACAGCCAUGGACCUGCGUCGCUUUUUACCCGCACAUCCCCCUUCCCACCCGUGGUUUGACCCUGAAAAGGCCAUGGCGAACUACGUGACCAUUGCGAACCACGUUCUCGAUGAGGAUCUUGUUGCGCAGCUGCGGUCCAAGCUUUCCCUCGGUAGUGCGGCCAAUACCGGUGUAGCAGGGGUACAAGUACCCUCGGAGGAGCUCAUGAACCUGGUGUGGACGGUCGCAGGUAAAGUGCGCCGCGAACUCGAAGCCAAGCUGGACCAGGGACUCGAGAACGACAUGAACGGGUUUGCUCAGGCCGUGUGUGACUGGCGCGCGCAGCUGAGCGAGGAGGCGUGCAGACCGAGGCGGUCUUCGUGGGUUAUUACCAACUUGGGCGUGAUUGAUGGAAACAAUUCAGACUGCCGUCAGCAACUGGAAGCGUCUUCGUGGGCUAUUACGAAUGCACAGUUCAUCAUGUGCGCCAAUGUCGUUGCUUCGGCCAUCACGGUGUCUACUGUCGCGGUCAAGGGGGGAGAUCUGACUGUUGCUUGUGCCUGGCAGGAUUGUGUGAUAGAUGGCAAGGUUGGUGAUGCGUUUGUGGCAGAUCUGGAACGGUGGUUGGGUUUUACGUCUGGGUUUCAGGAUGGCCAGGCGGCAGCAGAGCCUGCACCAUGA